AUGAAGUAUGAACUAAAGAUGCAGUACUUUGAUGAAUGGAUGAUGCGUUGGCGUAAGUUUCAAACAGAGUCGGAUUGGGAAAUUGAGAAACAUCGUCAAUGGUGGCGUCGGUGUAAUAUGGCGAUCUCAGCAGCGUUGUUUGGGUCACUUGUGCUCUACACUGCGGGUACUGCGACAGUGAAACGACAAUAUGGACUUCCUCAUUUCUUCGAUGUUGGUGUGGAUGGACAGGUGAAACAAACUGUGCUGGAGUUCUUAACCACACGCUGGCGGUACACACCACAGGGAUAUGGCCGUGUUUUAAUUACCGGUGUGCCAACGUAUUUCACGUUUGUGUCCCUUGAACACUAUCAGGAAAAGCGUCGCAUGCAUCAAUAUAUUGAGCAGAACACAGUCUUUGGUGAACAGAUGCGUCGUUUUCUGAAUACAGGUAAAAUUGAGGAGUUCCUCGCGGUAAACAUAAAGGGUUCAUUACCACCGUCCCAAAGAACUCUCUAUGCGUAUUAG